AUGGUUUUGAAGACCGGCGGUCAGAAGGAGUACAAGGCGCUCCGGGACGUGCAGGCGAAGGCGGAGACCAACAUCGAGAAGAAGCACGUCUAUGUGACCAUUGGCCAAACCGCCGAGAUGUCGUUGAAGAAGGAUGUGCUGGAAUGGGUGGUGUCCGGCGACAUCAAGAUCCAGGACUUCUUCUACCCCCUUGGCUCCGUGGCGUCGUCCUCGAAGGAAGCAGCGGCCAUGACGUGGGAGUUCUACAAGGCCAACUUCGAAAAGAUUUGGAAUAUGUGCAAGACGGCCAGCCCUUCCCUGAUGGACGCCAUGAUCACCUUCUCCGCCCGCAGCUUCUGCACCUCCGAAGCGGCUGCCGAAGUGGAAAA